AUGUGUCAAUACAACUUUGUUCAUUUCACUGGCUGCGAUCACACUGUGCUGGAUAGGGAGGUACCCAUCCAGCGUUGCAAGUCCAAGCAGCGAACAUUGUGGCAGAAAGCAUGUGACUCGGCGGAGUCAGUGAUCAUCUCACGGUUUGAGCUAUGCGAGGAAUGUGUCGACAAGUUGGAGGGGAAGCUCAUGAAGCUGGAGAAGCUCCGGAACAAGGAGCUGCGCGCGGAGCAGAAGGCGAAGAAGAAGCAGGAGUAA